GCUGAACCUGCACCACCAGAAUAUCUGGUAAUCCUUCAUCACACAGGGUGUAUGCUACAUGCUGUGCCAGUUUGGAAGCUGUUGACACCCGGUAGUGUCGAACACUGAGAGAGCCAAUUUGAUUGCACACAUAACUUGCUUUUAUUGUUUUCGAAUGGAUUAGAGAUGAACUCGGGGACUACAAAUCUGUUUUUAUGUUUUCAUUCAUUUUAAGCCAAAAACAACUCAAAAUGAAUGUGUUGCAUGCCCUCAUUUUUGGAUGUGUCUUCACUGCUGUUAUUAUAAAGGGAGAGUUUGUGUCCGAAGCCAUUUCCUCCAAGAGCGGCGAGAGCCUUCCUGACAAUUUCCUUGAGUUUUACUCAGCCCCUGACAAAGUGGUAGAUGGCUCGGUAGUCUGCGUGCGAUAUCGAUGCCCCGGGCCGUGUCAGCUCGCAGUGGAGGUGGUGGUGUCCACAUUAAGGACGACGGAUUUAGUGGUCUUCAGGAAGAAAUGGAUCUGCAGCACACCGGGAGUCUACAGAAUUCACCGGGUGCUUCUCCGAUGGCCCCCGUCCAUUUUGUAUCAACGAGACUUUUCCAACAGGAAGGUCGUGGAGGCUGAAAGUGUGACCGUUCGUGCUCGGCUAGACCAUCUUAAAGAUGGCAGUGAACCCAGGACACACCACGGCUCCACGUUGAAGAUUCAUAAAGUGCUGCAGACAAUGCCGCUCUUGGAGCGUCCCACUAAACCGCCCACAGAGUGCCCGUCGUGGUUCGCGCAACUGAUAUGGCAGACGACCAGAGACGGGAUCAGUCAGUGUCCGCACGAGUCAGUUGUCACCGAGAUGCUCAGCUUCCCCCUGGCAAGUACUGGUGAGCACUUUGGAUUGGUCCGCAGGUUCCAGCCUUUCAUCGACGGCGCCCUGGAGGUGGUCCGUCUUCAUGCUGUGACACAGCCCAGCGUCACCUUAUCUGUGUGGAUCUACCUCCUCAAACGGUGUCACAGGAGGCUCUGUGGGAUCAUCCAUCACGUCGAUAGGAAAGAUUUAUACGACUCGGUUCUGAUGCAGCUCACAGACACAGGGGACGUCAUAAUUCAAGCACGUGUGACAACCGGAGAAGAUGAAGCUUUCCGAGUCAGUGCGGCGCUGCCCCUGUGGAAAUGGAUUAGAUUAGACUGUUACAUACAGGACUCAAAGUUGCUGCUGGAUGUGACAUGGGAUGAUGAAACCCACAGAUACGUAUGCGAAUUUCAGAACAGUAUCUAUUAUGAUGACACUGAUGGAUACUUUGUGAUCGGGGGAAGUAAAUACAUGGCUGGCUUCCACGGCUAUUUUGGGCCUAUCAAAUACUAUCGUUUUGGAACUGAAGAGAUAAGAAAUCCACUUCACCCCGAGACAGCGUUUCAGGAGCUGGAUACGACUCAUCGUCAGUGUCGGGAAAUAAAAGCAUUAGCAAAAGCUUUUCUAAAAGAAGUCACUGAGAGUCACCUCUUGUCAACAAUCAACAAAGCUGUCUGUACUCCGCACUUCAUAAAACUGUGGCGUCAGUUCGGUGGAAAGACCUGCACCCAAACAUGGAGCUGGGAAUCACCGCUUCAAUACAGCACGCUUUUCCAUCUCUUGCAAACAAAGGAGGAGCAACUCAGGAGAGGCAUGAAAGACCUCAGGACUACUUUGUUUGAGGAGGCAGCCGGCGCAAUGUUCACUGCGGAUCAGACGCGGAUUCAAAUCACGUCCAAGUCGGUGUCUCUGCUGCAAGCGUCGUCCUGCUUUGGAGAUCACAAGGCGUCGCUCUUGCUGGCCUCCGUCCACUUCGCCGGUCUGGGACGCUCGGUUGAUCAAAACCAGGGUCACGCCUAUAGCUUGAUGGCUGCAUCGGGUGAUGAACUCUUCGCCCUGAUGCAUGCAGGGUACAAACACGCACAAGGAAUUGAUGGCUUCCCUAAAGACUUGGACGUGGCUUAUAGCUAUUAUUCCAAUGCCGGGGCACAGCACAGCAUGGACAUGGCCCACAUGCACGAGAACAAGCAAUACACCCCUGAACACAUCUACCUGAACAACCCAGAGGAUUUAGACAGCCUGACACACGAGACGAGCGACGUCUUUCAGUAUCUGAAAUUCCAGGCAGAGAGAGGAGACAUUGAAGCCCAGAGACGCCUGGGAAUAAUGCUUUACUGGGGACAAAAUGGAGUCUCAAAAGACAUUGUGAGUGCAGUGAAGUGGUUUGAGAGAACUUCUAUGCAAAUGAAGGAUCCCUCGGCGAUGUACGACUACUCCAUCCUGCUGAUGAAGGGCCAGGGAGUGAAAAGAAACUACACCCGAGGUUUCCUGCUGCUGAAGAAGGCUGCGGCGAUGGGCUCAAUUGAUGCCUUGAAUGCUUUGGGCUGGUACCACGGGAUCAUACUGGGCGACCACAGCCAUGCAGUGGAGUACUUUGAGCAGGCCGCGCGCAAUGGGAGCGCCGAUGGCAUGUUCAACCUGGGAAUCUACCACCUCCGCGGGAAAACCCCCCGCAGCCCAGGGGGGAACGAGUUGGCCGCGUUCCAGCAGUUUCUGAACGCGUCGCGCCUCGGCCACGCCGCCGCAUCAGUGGAGGCGGCUCGGCAUCUCUCGACAGGAAGCCUGGAAGGGGUGGCUCAGGAUGCGGAGAGGGCUGUGAUAAUGCUCAAAAAGGUCUGUGAACAGAGCGGACACCUUGGAUUCGUGAUCAGAGAGGCUCUCCGGGCCUACCUCCGAGGCGCAUGGCAGGACGCGUUCGUGCACUACGUGCUGGCAGCCGAAACUGGUCUGGGUUUGGCCCAGAGCAACGCCGCGCACCUGUGCGAGGUGCUGGAUCUCGGUUAUGAUUGCCAGUGGAGAUAUCAGAACUGCUCAGUAUUGAACUAUGAUCCCCAUCCGUCCGCGCUGCUGAAAAUGGGAGACUACUAUUACUAUUCCCCCGGCGCGCAAGAAGACUCGUUAUCCGUGGUUGGUCAGGCCGUAUCGAUGUACAGCAGAGCGGCUCUGGCGGGCAGCCCUCAGGCAAUGUACAACUUGGGGGCUUUGGCACGACGAGGGCAUGCUCUUCCUCCGGCCAUCCGUGGCUUUUUCGGUCUGUCACACGAUGAUGAUGAGGACACUGUGGUGGAGAAGAUUUUAAGGAGAUGUGUGGAGACUGAGCAUGACGACGCAGCAACGCCCUGUUCUUUAGCUUUGCUCGGGGUCCAGAUGGGGCGAGCCCUGAGGAGAAUGACUCAGGAGAACGGUGCACAGCUCCUCUUGGUGUAUGCAUCUCUUCUCUCUGUGUGUGCCCUCGUUGUCUUUGUGCCAAUUCAGAGCUGUCUUGGACAAAGGGCUCCCGGUCGCCGCGCGGUCGGACCCAGGGCGAGGACGUCGCCAGGGAGCCAAGGCGGUGUCAACUUGAAUGCAGAGCGCGGCGGCAUCAUGGCAGGAACCGACGGGGCGGUGGGGAGUCCGCGGCCCACCGUGCCGAGUGGCGAGCAGAGGCUCCGACAGGCCAGCGACUGGGCUGUGACACUGUCGGGUGUGUGCCUGUGCGCUUUCUGCGCCACACUUCUCUAUCACCUCCUGUGUGACAUGCAGUACCCAGCGCGGUGAUCCAAUAGCCACAGUAAAAGCCCCAGACACUACACAUUGUGAGAGCAAACAUUAGCGGAUGAGUUGGAGCAGAGUUCGUAUGACACAUUUGCGCUUCGGAGGCAUGUGACUCAUUUUAGGACGGGGAGGAGAGAAGCACCAGAUCAGGAUGUGACUGCCGGCCGCCCCCGUCAGAGUUUUGAUAACGCUUCCUCUGUAACCAUUUUUUCGAAUGCUUAUAUUGUGGAAAAUAAAAUACUUAUCGCGCAGCUCAUUUAAUUAUUGCUGAAUCCGAACAACAGCUUAUAGUCUCUGGGGGAUGUGGUGCCAAGUAAAAGUAGAGUGAAGUGUCUGUUAUGUAAAGCGCGAUUACAAUAAAAAAACAAAAACACAUUUCAA